CGCGCCGGCGCGCCUGCCGCGCUGCGUGCCGGCGCCCGCAGCCUGCACGCCUCGCCCGCCGCGGCCCAGGCGCGCCCCGCCGACGCGCCGCCGCCGAAGAUGAUCAAGCUCUUCGUCAAUGGCAACGAGGUCGAGGUGGAGCAGGGCACGGCGCUCAUCCAGGCCUGCGAGAAGGCCGGCGCGCAGAUCCCGCGCUUCUGCUACCACGAGCGGCUGCAAAUCGCAGGCAACUGCCGCAUGUGCCUCGUCGAGAGCAAGGGCGCGCCGAAGCCCGUCGCCUCGUGCGCGUUCCCUGCCAUGCCCGGCCAGCAGAUCUUCACCGACUCGCCGCUCGUCGCCAAGGCGCGCGAGAACGUCAUGAUGUUCCUGCUGCAGAACCACCCGCUUGACUGCCCGAUCUGCGACUGGGGUGGCGAGUGCGACCUGCAGGACCAGUCGAUGCGCUACGGCGCGGACCGCGGCCGCUUCCACGAGAUGGCAGGCAAGCGCGCCGUCGAGGACAAGAACCUCGGCCCGCUCGUCAAGACGGUCAUGACGCGCUGCAUCCACUGCACGCGCUGCGUGCGCUUCAGCAACGACAUUGCAGGCGUGCAGGACAUGGGCACGAGCGGCCGUGGCAACGACCUGCAGAUUGGCACGUACAUUGAGAAGACGAUGGACUCGGAGAUGAGCGGCAACAUCAUCGACUUGUGCCCCGUCGGCGCGCUGACGGCCAAGCCGUACGCCUUUACGGCGCGGCCGUGGGAGCUCAAGAAGACCGAGUCCAUCGACGUGCUCGACGCCGUCGGCUCGAACAUCCGCGUCGACUCGCGCGGCGUGCAGGUGAUGCGCGUGCUGCCGCGCACCAACGACGACGUCAACGAGGAGUGGAUCAACGACAAGACGCGCUUUGCCGUCGACGGCCUCAAGUACCAGCGCCUCACGACGCCGCUGAUCAAGCAGGGCGACCGCUUCGUCGCGGCGUCGUGGCCCGAGGCGCUGGCCACCGUCGCCGAGGGCCUUGCCGCGUCGGGCGCCAAGGGCGAUGAGAUCCAGGCCAUCGUCGGCCCGCUGGCCGAUGCCGAGAGCAUGGUGGUGCUCAAGGACCUCAUCAACCGCCUCGGCUCGGAGAACCUGACGACGGACCUGCCCGCCGGGCAGCUGCCCGCGGCGACGGGCGUCGAUGUGCGCGCCAACUACACGUUCAACUCGACGAUUGCCGGCAUCGAGGACGCCGACGUGCUGCUGCUCGUGGGCACGAACCCGCGGCACGAGGCGGCCAUUGUCAACACGCGCAUACGCAAGGCGUACCUGCACAAGGGCCUCGACGUCGGCCUCAUCGGCGAGAAGGUCGACCUGACGUACGAGUAUGCGCACGUCGGCACCGACGCCUCGGCGCUGACGCAGCUGGCGUCGGGCAAGGGCGACUUUGCCAAGAAGUUCCUCGGCGCCAAGCGGCCGAUGAUCAUCGUGGGCAGCAGCGUGGCGGAGCACGUCGACGGCGCCGCGACGCUGGCGGCCGUGGCGAAGCUGGUGGAGAAGCACGCCGACAAGUUCCUGACGCCCGAGUGGAACGGCUACAACGUGCUGCAGCGCACGGCGUCGCGCGCCGCGGCGCUCGACAUUGGCUACUCGGCCGCGGCGAGCAGCUCGAGCACGCCGGCCAAGUUCGUGUACCUGCUCGGCGCCGACGACUUUGCGCCGGAGCGCAUCCCGCGCGACGCCUUUGUCGUGUACCAGGGCCACCACGGCGACGCGGGCGCGCAGUACGCCGACGUGUGCCUGCCGGGCGCCGCGUACACGGAGAAGAGCGCCACGUUUGUCAACACCGAGGGCCGCACGCAGCUGACGCGCGCCGCCGUGCCGCCGCCGGGCGCGGCGCGCGAGGACUGGAAGAUCGUGCGCGCGCUGGCCGAGGUGCUGCAGACGCCAUUGCCGUACGCCGAGACGAUGGACGUGCGCGACCGCAUGUUCGACGUGUCGCCGACGCUCGUGCGCUACGACCAGCACGAGCCGACGGCGCAGGAGACGGCGCGCCUCGGCCUCAAGGAGCUGGUGCGGAGUGCGGGCAAGAAGGAGAUCACGGGCGCGCCGCUGCUGCGCCCGAUCCAGAACUUCUACCAGACCGACGCCAUCUCGCGUGCCUCGCCGACAAUGGCCAAGGCCUCGGCGGCCUUUGUGCACAAGGUGCCGAUGAGCAAGCUGCAGCCGGGCGUGUCGCUCGGCCUCUAGACGUCGGCGCAUGGGUGUAAUACAUGG